UACACCACGAACCAUUUCACUGCAUUCUUUUCGAAGCUUGGGAGGAAGUUAAUGGUACUUGUUCAUCACACUGUUCGUAACAGUGAUAUGUACUCUUGAUAGUGAACUUUGACAUAAGUGUUUUCGUGAAUUUGUUUCUCUUAAGUUUCGUUAAAAAGACAUUGAUAAAGAAAAAAUGGCUCCUCGUGCAGAAUCAGUACCGAAAGAAACUUCAGAGCUUCCAAACGAAGUACCGAAUAAAGGAAUUAAUGCAGUUUUAUUGGGGCCACCUGGUAGUGGCAAGGGUACCCAGGCGCCAUGGCUAAAGGAACGAUAUUGUGUAUGUCAUCUAUCUACAGGUGAUAUGCUUAGAGCGGAAAUUAAUUCUGGAUCUGCUAUUGGGUCAGAAAUUAAAAAAGUAAUGGAUGAGGGUAAAUUGGUCAGUGAUGACCUUGUAGUUAACAUGAUCAAUCAUAAUCUGGAUAAACCUGAAUGUAAACGUGGUUUCUUGUUGGACGGUUUUCCAAGAAGUGUUCCACAAGCUCAAAAACUUGACGAAAUGCUGCAGAAAAGACAAACUAAAUUGGAUGCUGUGAUAGAGUUUGGAAUUGAUGAUAACUUGUUGAUAAAAAGAAUCACAGGUCGUUUGAUACAUCCUGCAAGUGGUAGAUCAUACCAUGAAGAAUUUGCGCCUCCUAAAGAACCCAUGAAGGAUGAUGUUACUGGAGAAUCAUUAAUUAGAAGGUCUGAUGAUAAUGCAGAAGCAUUGAAAAAACGAUUAGCAACAUAUCAUACACAAACUCGACCAUUGGUUGAUUAUUAUGCUUUACAAGGGAUUCAUUACUAUGUUAAUGCAGCUCAAUCUAGUAAAGAUGUUUUUAAGGAUAUUGACCGUAUUUUCCUAAAAACAACUAAACAGGAAAAAAAGAAAGGUUUCUUUAGUUGGUUCUCUUAAGAUAAUGAAAGAAACUGUUAUAGCUCAUUUUUUUCUUCUAACUGAAAGGGCAAUGUGUAGUUAAUGGGAAAUGAUCUUAGUAUCACAAUGACUUUUAGCAAAAUUUAGUAUUUUAUCUGUUUGAUUUACAAUUUGGAAGCAAAUUGCACUGCUUUUAGUUGAUACAAUAUGUAUUUUUUGAUUAAUUAAUGUACAGUACAUUUAAUAGAAGAUGUAAAAACGGGCGGAAGGAUCUAAGGGAUAUUACACCAAUUUAAUUGCAAAUAAGAUAUAUGUUUAUAAGACAAUUAUAAGCUAAAAAGUCAAAAGCACACAUUUCAAUAAUAGAACAAGUUUAGUAAUACUUUGACAUGUAAUUAGUCAUUUAAUUGAUUAAG